AUGUUGUUCAUUGGGACUCUCCUGUCCCUCAUCGGCAGUACCUGGGCGAAAAAUGCGCAGCUUCGCCAAUUACCGCCGCUGAGGGAACAGGCAAAGAUACAAGAUGCCUGGCUCYAGGAGCGACUAGGGAACAUUCCCUCAAUACUACAAACACACGGAGUAGAUGCUUGGCUCAUCUCUCAAAAGGAAUACGCCGAAGACACAACAUUCUGGUCCAUGAUAAGAGCCAUCCAAUUCGCCGCCAGAAGACGCACUCUCUCCAUCUUCUUCGCCGAUACAGAGAAGAAGAAGAAGGAAUCUUGCAGACCACGGACUUGGAUCGAUAAUACUCCCGCCCUCUGGAACCAGCUGCAAGAAGUAUUGAACGAGUGUAAUCCGAAUUCCAUAGCCAUUAACGUGGAUUCCGAAAUUGCUUUCGCAAGCGGUCUGCAUGCUGGAGAGUACGAAGAAAUCCUCUCAGAGCUUGAUAAACCAUGGCGAGAUCGCUUAGUCGCAGCGCCAAAAGUUGCCGUGGAGUAUAUUGCAACAAUGCCCGAAUCUCGACUAGACUGGUAUCGGAAAUUCCAGGAGACUGCUUGGGCCGUCAUCUCCGAGGGUUUCAGCCGUGAAGUAAUCGUUCCUGAAGUCACAACGACCGAGGAUGUGGAGUGGUGGUUUCGAGAAAAGUUACAAUCCCUCAACUACACGACUUGGUUUCACCCAAGCGUGACUAUCCUCCCGGGCGACGUCACACCUAACAUGACGAUGGAAGAAGAACUUCCUAUCUUUCAGCAAGCUAUCCAGUAUGGGGAUUUACUCCAUGUAGAUUUCGGUCUCACGGCAAUGGGUCUCAAUACCGAUACCCAGCAUCUAGCAUACAUUCUCCCACCAGGCCAUACCGAAUCUGACAUCCCUCAAGGUCUCCUCGAAGGUCUGCGGAAAGGUAACCGGCUUCAGGAUAUCGUCAAAAGAAACAUGGUACCAGGUCUCACGGGAAACCAAGUCCUUGUAAAUGCAAGAAAGGAAAUGUAUGAAGCGGGUAUCGAGGGACGGAUUUAUUCGCAUCCGAUCGGGGAUUGGGGACAUAGUGCUGGAGGUGUAAUUGGUAUGACGAAUUUGCAAGAUGGAGUUCCUGUACUGGGGGACUUGUCCGUACUUGAGAAUAUGUAUUAUAGUAUUGAGCUCUCUGUGGAGCAUUUUGUGCCGGAAAGGAAUGAGACUUUGGUGUUUCCUUUGGAGGAGGAUGUUUAUUGGGAUGUUGAGACGGGGUCUUUUGAGUGGGUUUAUGGAAGGCAGGGGGAGUUUCACUUGGUUAGAUCAGAGGAGAUGUCGUCGGGCUUGACGGUACAAGGGUAG